AUGGCGUCUAUUACAAGACAUGCCCCUAUAAACUUAGAUGAAUUCACUUUAAAAGACGUUCUCAUUUCUGAAAACGAGCUGGGAUAUGGCUCAUCGGGAAACGUCCUUAAACUUGAAUAUCAAGGCUUGAAGUGUGCAGGCAAGAAAAUUUAUCAAUUUCUGGGAAUUGUUUUUGAAAAGGGUACACAAUUACUCAUCCUAGUCACGGAAUUCCUUCCCACUGAUUUGAGAAGUUGUCUCGAACACUAUGGUGUUCUCCACGAUGAGAUCAGCUACUCCAUCCUUCAUGAUGUGUCACUGGGCCUGGCCUUCCUUCACAGCCAAACACCACAGAUUAUCCACUUGGACAUCUCAAGCACGGGGAUUCUUCUGUCUGCCAACAUGACAGCCAAAAUUUGUGACUUUGGGUCUGCAAUGAUAUUCGAAGGCAAGUACCAGCAAAUGACUUUUGCACCUGGAAGUCCACCAUAUAUGCCUCCUGAGACCUUAGUUGAUGACCCUCACUAUGACGCAAGUGUGGAUGUGUUCUCAUUUGGAGCAUUAAUGGUCGAAAUGUUUACGGCAAAGUUGCCACUGCCAGAGAUUGCUCGUGCUCGAAAAGAUCCAGCUGGGAUACUCAUAGUUAUAUCGGAAGUUGAACGCCGCCAAAACCUACUCAACAAAAUUGGUGAUAAACACCCACUGAUGGACCUCAUUACCAGCUGUCUCAGCAACAACCCAGAUUGA